UUCUGCCUCCCCGCGGGGAGCACGGGGCCACGGCCCCCCAGCUGAAGAGCCCCGUCUGCUGCAGGCAUCCUGUCGGCUCACAAGAUCAUCGCCAGCUCCCCGGACAUGGACCUGCCCACGGUGUCCGCGCUCAGGAAGUUGGGGGUGAACCUGACCCGGAGCAACAAGGAGACGGUCAGGCAUAGCGACGUCCUAUUCCUGGCCGUGAAGCCGCACAUCAUCCCCUUCAUCCUGGACGAGAUCGGGGCCGACGUCCAGGCCAGGCACAUCGUGGUCUCCUGUGCCGCCGGCGUCACCAUUAGCUCCGUGGAGAAGAAGCUGACGGCCUUCCAGCCGGCCCCCAAGGUGAUCCGCUGCAUGACCAACACGCCCGUGGUGGUGCGGGAGGGCGCCACGGUGUACGCCACGGGCACGCACGCCCUGGUGGAGGACGGGCAGCUCCUGGAGCAGCUCAUGAGUAGCGUGGGCUUCUGCACGGAGGUGGAGGAAGACCUGAUUGACGCCGUGACGGGGCUCAGCGGCAGCGGGCCCGCCUACGCGUUCAUGGCCCUGGACGCGCUCGCUGACGGUGGGGUGAAGAUGGGCCUCCCGCGGCGCCUGGCGAUCCGGCUGGGGGCCCAGGCCUUGCUGGGCGCUGCCAAGAUGCUGUUGGACUCGGAGCAGCACCCAGGCCAGCUCAAGGACAAUGUCUGCUCCCCCGGGGGCGCCACCAUCCAUGCCCUGCACUUCCUGGAGAGCGGGGGCUUCCGCUCCCUGCUCAUCAACGCCGUCGAGGCCUCCUGCAUCCGCACACGAGAGCUGCAGUCCAUGGCCGACCAGGAAAAGGUCUCCCCAGCCGCCCUCAAGAAGACCCUGCUGGACAGAGUGAAGCUGGAGUCCCCGACAGUGACCACGCUGACCCCCUACAGCUCCGGGAAGGUCCUCACCAGAAACCCGGCCCCGGGAGGCAAGAAGGACUAAGACCAAGCAGCCCUCGUCGGAAGAUGCUGGGCAGGGGCGGUAGAUGCUAGAAGCCAGGUGAACCCCACACAUUCCCACUGUGGUCCCCCACCGGGAGCCCAGAGCAGCGUCAGUGUGAUGCCACGUCAAGGAGGUGAGGGGCGCAACACACGACAAGGGCAUCCUCUUUGCAUGAGCGCAAGCAGCUUGGAAUUGUCCGCAGCAGGAACGCACAGGGUGAGACUGUGCUGCACUGACAAAGUAUGAUUCGGUCCCGCUAAGUUUAGCCGCUUUAAUAAAGUUUUAUUUUUUAUUA